UCGCGAUAUAUUUUAUCUGUGGAUGAUUGUUGAAAGUAAAUGUUUUUUUUCUUGAAUUUUAUUUGUUCAGUAGUUCUUGCGGUGGAUUUUGCAAAUAAUACUGAAUCGAAAACAACUAGUGGAUAUGUGAUUUGGCAUUUUAACAAAUAGCCGAUUAAUUAACUUUUAUAUUUUUGUAAUGGUCCCGAAUCGGCGUUAGGUAUAGGUUAUAAUACAUUCGUCAUCAACUAUCACCUGGUUAUGCCAACUUAUUUUUAGCUUCUAAAAACGCUAAAACGAGGCUGUGUUAAGAGUUAAAAGUGAUCUAUAUUAAAUUCACUUGAUAUUUGAAGUAAAGAAGUCAAGAAAAUGGGCCUGAUCAUAUCAAGAUUUCGCCGCAAGAAAACAACAAUAGAAAUUCUAGAUCGACUCGAAACCGACAUUAAAGGCAUAGAGCGCGAUGGCCAAUAUAAAGAACAGACCCACAAACGGGUCAUCGGCUAUAUCAUGGCGUACUCCGUGGGGCUAUACGUACUGUUUGCUAUAUUGUACUACUACAUGUAUGUGGGGAGGAGUCAGCAUUGGAUGUAUUCACUGCUUUAUGCCUCGCCGUUGCUUGUUCUGCCUAUUUUAGUAAUAUUCCUAAGAUCAGGUAUAUCUUGGUACUACAAUUGGACUAUUAACAAGAAUAGGCUCAAACUAAGCAAGAUGAGGGCUGAAAAGAAAAAGAUUCUCGAAGAAGUCAUGAAUACUGAGACAUAUAAGGUGGCAAAGGAGAUCCUAGACAAAUACGGAACCCCGGAAGAUCAGUCCAAAGCGUUGAAACCCUUCGUGCCGUCGACGAACGUGCCCGGUAAUGCUCCUAGCACGACGCCCCCAGCUACUCCAGGCCAGUUGCGCCAAAGACAGCAGAUGGCAAUGCAGACGUCUACGCCUAUCAACAAUAACAGGAUGCUGGUGCCUAUUGGCAACACUCCCAACCCUGGCUUCAGAGGCGCUAGACUUAGGUCGGAACAGCUGCCGCGGCCGCUUCCUGAAAGGAACCGUUCGGCACUAGACCGAGUGGUUGACUUUCUGCUGAAGGACGGACCCCACAAUCGCAUGGCGCUCAUCUGUUCUGAGUGCUCGGCGCAUAAUGGAAUGGCAAUGACAGAAGAAUUUGACUACGUAUCGUACGUAUGUGCUUACUGCGGGCGUUUCAACCCGGCGCGUAAGCAGAAGCCGGCGGCGCCUCUGCUGGCUGCCCGGCCUUUCCCCGCGCUCACCAACAAUGCCAUGCCUGGCAGCGGCGACGACUCGUCCCUACCGAGUUCGGCCAGCGAGAGUGACGAUGACAAACCGGCGGGCGAUGCUUGUAGGAAACACGGAUCAGAAGGCGAUUCAGAUCGGCCCCCUUCGGCGGAAGGAACGCCGAAAUCCAAUCAGGAUAAGAAAGAAGACUGAGUGAUAUUGUCAAUUUAGAACUUAUAGUAACGAACCUUACCUUCCAAUGUGCAAGGUAACAAUUAUCUGUUAUGUUUGACAGGGAUUUUGAACCUUAUUUUGUACUAAUAAAGAUUAAUUUUUAAUGGCAUAUUACUACAAGAUUCGUUAGCGAAAAUGAAGGCAUUUGAUUGGUCGAUAUCUAUUUUUAAAGAGUGUUAAACACCUUUGCACUAAUGUGAAGUUGUAGUGAUGCCCAACAAGUUAUCGAUAGUUAAAGUGAUGUUUGCACACUUUGUGGGUUUUUAUCGAUUUUGUUUGAUGGUGUUUUUAAGUGUACAUCGAGAUGUAGUUUUCAGGUCAGUGGUAAAUAAGACAGAAUAUGUUCGAAAACUUAUUGGCAAUGUUUGAUAAAAUGGUGAAUUAAAUUACCAAAAAGAAUACACCGAUUUAAGUAGGCACCAAAAAUUAAUUAUAGUGGAAGAUCUAAGUCAUAAUCGGAACUUCUUAGCAACAAUCAAAAUUGUCAUCAAAAUUGUGUUUUAAUAUCGACUUUAAUGCCUUCAACAUAAGGUGCAUUAUUUCCUGUCAAACAUAACUAUUAACUAUCAAAUGAGUGGCGGAAUGGGUAUACAGUUUUAUUUAAUUUCUAUUUAUUUAUUUAACAUUACGUUUAUCGAAGUUGCUAGCAAACGAUGUUCAAAUUCAGUCUCAGAACUCAAUAAAAUAAUCUAAUUUCUACUAUUUUCUUCCAAUUACCACAAGAGAACAUAAUUUAUCGAUAAAAGAUAAGAAAAAUAUCGAUUAUAGGCAAGAAAAACAUCGAUAAAAGGCAAGAAAAAUAUCGAUAAAUAUUUGAUCGAUAUUUUUACAAUUGUCGAUAUCUCGUUUACUCGAUAGAGACUAUACGAUCUCGAUUGGUCCUUAUUUUGACGACUGACAAUAAAUUUGUUAAUUAUAUUGUCAUUUUUGGUGUUGUGGAUAAACUGUAUAAUAUUAAUUGAAGAUGGGUGACCAUAAUUUCUACUACAGUAAAUGAUAUUAAUUUUAUACGUUAGAUUGAAAUUAAUAUUAUUUCAUCUCACAUUUUGUUAAAAUGAAACGAUAUGCAAAUACCUCUAGAUCUUAAAUAUAUUGCUAUUAAUAUUGCCGAGUUAUAUCUAAAUGGGUUUAGUAUUUACUCCCGAAAGUAGUGGCAUAUAUCCACAGAUUUUGUAGAAAAUUUCAUCUUUACAAUAUUAUCAGGACUUCAUCAAAAUGUUGAUAAUUACGGUCACAAAUCUCAAUUUAAACAAACGAAAAAACAAAAUAAUAAGCUUUUUACAAACAAAACAAAUAUAAUAAGUUUAAAAUAACAAUUUACGUGCCUUAAAAGUAAUAAAUUAUUAUUCAAUUUUUAUUUGGAACCAUAGAUAUAAAAAUAAUAGAAACCAUAGAUUCGAACUGCCCCAUUGAUAGAUUCUUUUUAGAAAGUUUAGAUAUCAUCAGUAGUUUCAUGUAGAUUCAUCAUUAUUGGUUUAGGCGUUUCGUAGUUUGGAUAGAAAGCGCGUGUUUUAGCUGAGAGUCUUUGUGCUAUCGAUGAAUGUAAUAUUUUGAAGAUUUUAUCAGUUUUUUGGUAUUUUUAUUUUAUCUUAAAAAAUGUAAUAUAAUAGGACAUUUAAAAUUGAAUACAAUAUAAAAAUAUUUUCUAUGACAUUCUAAUAAUUCAUAAUUUAUUUAAAUUCGACAUUAAUUUAAAAAUAAAAAUUCAUAACAAAUAAAAUUACCAUUAAGGAACGUUCCUAAAUAAAAAUACCAUAAACUGAUUAUGUCUUCAAAUAUAAAUAUAUUGUGCUAUUAAAUAUUUAUGAAAGAUGUUAAGAAUUACCUUCUAACAGAUUAAGAUAACAAACAUUAUUUCUGUUAAAUGGCAAAUUCUAUAAAAUAUCUUCCGUUUAACAGGUUGGUUGAAUACAUUCCAAAAAAUCCGUAAAAGUAACAAAAAAUAUGUAUAUUUAGUUCCAUCAGUCAAUAAAAACUUUUUAAGUAAAAUUCAGAACAAAAUUAAAGUCGUUUCUUAAAAAAAUCAAAAGACAGUAGCUAUAUCUAUAUCUUUCGAAUUUCGGAAUUCCGAAUGUAUUUAGCCAACUUACAAAACCUUACUAAUAUUAUAAAUGCGAAAGUAACUCCGUUCUUCUGUCGCGUUUUUUUCCGCCAAUUUGAAAGAAAUUUUCUACACAGAAAGUAUACACCCUAACGGCCAGUUUUUUCAUCAAAAGUUAAAGUUAAAGUAAUGUCUAAAGUUAAAGUAACGGUUAAAUUUGUUUUUUCAAGGCUAAAGUGACAGCAAAAUUCAUAGAAAAAUUGAAUUUAACCGUUACUUUAACUUUAGUCAUUACUUUGACUUUUACUUUGGCUUUAACUUUUGAUGAAGAAACUGGCUGUCAGAAAGGAUAUAAGCUACAUUUUACCCGGUUGCGGAAAGUGAGUGAAACUGCGGGGAACAACUAGUAAAUAUAUAAUUUAUGUAAGUUCUCGAAUCUUCAUAGAGCUAACCAGACAUGUGUUGCGUUAAAGUUGGCUGGUACUUAAUAUAAGUAGGCAUAGUUUUAUUUAUUUUACUAACUACCACCCAGGGACGUAAUCAGGUACAUUAUAGUUGUAAAAAAUACAACGAAUUAAAAUAACUACUAUAUAUUCUGUUCCUAUCUCAUUUUAUAGUGGACUGUGUAUCAUGACUUUUUCUUCCAAACCAUUUUUAUAAUCCGAACCAAUAAUGUGCCAAAUUCAUUAUUUAUUUUCAAAUUCUUCCAUAUUUUUAUUGCAAACUAUAACCUUACCUAAAUACUUCCCUGGCAUAAUGCCUUCCAAUAACCACAUAUUUAAGAACAAAAACGCAUUACUAAUAAGUCCAUAUACGUCCGUACUGUGCAACGUAUGAUCUACAAAUGACAAAUUGGAAAAAAGAUGUUAACGACCAAUGAACGCGCGGCGAUUUGUUACUGAAUCAAUCCUGUAAGGCCCGAUUUUUCUAGAUAAGUUAUAUCUGAAGAAUAUGUUUGACGUUUUGUCAUUUUUUGUACGCGGUACGUGCUUCGCUACUUAUAAAGUCAAACAUUUUUUUUAUAAAAAAUGUGAUAAAUGAAGAAUCGCUCGACAGAUUUUGUGCACACUUUACAUAACCAUGUACUAAAUAGUCCGAACAAAGCCUAAACAUUUGGUGAGCCUGUUCUUGGUUAUUAAAAUUACAAUGAAAAGUUACAUUAAUUUUUAUACAAUACAAAGAUAUUUCAAACCGCCAUAACUAUUCCUCAGAUAUGCGGUUACUAAUGAUCGAAAAAUAGGCCCCAAAAGGCGUAAGAUAUAUUCAUGCGACGGAUGGACGUAUAAUAAACUGCAACUUUAAUACAUGGCCUUAUUUUAUACAUAUUAAUAUUUGGCCAAGAACAACUGCGUAUUU